CGGGUGCGUAAAAGGAAUUCGCUCCAGAGUCCAGGAGACGCACGGGCAGCGUGGGCAAAACUCAGUGCGCAGGAAAUGUUUACACGCGCAAAGACGGCUUUAUGUGCGGCUGAGCCCAGCUCGGACCUGGAGCCCGAGAGCGACGACAGCAGACUGGACGAGGACUACACACCGAGGACGGUGACCCGGGGAUCGAAGGAAUACUUCAGCGAGGAGGACACUUCAGAUGAGGAGUGGAACAGAAUGCCGAGGAAGAGAAGGGCUUCCAGGAGGAGGUCUCUGUCUGCCUCCACAGUGUCACCUCUGAAAUCCCCAUCCAAGAAGUGCCCACGGAGCCCCAACAUAAAGAAGAACCUCUGUGCGUCGCCUCUGAGAAAGGCCGCCCCCUCCCCCAAUGCCCGCAAGACAGUGUCCACUCAGAACAGGAAAAACAAAAGGGGAAAGAGGCGAACAGAUAGUCGUCUCAUGGGAGAGGAAGAGGACAGAAGCAGCGACAGAUGGCGCAGCGUGGAGGAGGAGGAUGUGGAGCCUCCUCAACCACGGUUCAGACCCGAAAGAGACACAGGACCCCAGUUGAACAGAACUGCCAAUUACACGCCACUGGAGCUGUUCCAGCUCUUCUUCUCUACGAAAGUAAUCGAUACACUGGUAAAAAACACCAACGCCUACGGGGCAAAGAAACACCAGAACCACAGAGAAAGCUGGGUGCCGGUCACCACAGCCGACAUGCACUCGUUCCUCUGCCUCGUCCUCUACAUGGGAAUCGUCCCGCUAAAAACCCUCAGGGAGUUCUGGAGAGGGUCUAGGUUGUUCUGCUUGCCGUUUCCCGCCUCCGUCAUGCCCUGCAGGCGCUUCCUGGCCAUCUCCACGAGUCUUCACAUGAACGACCCCGUGGUGGAAGCAGCCAACGACCAGAAGAGAGGGACCUCGGCGCACGACAGGCUUUGCAAAAUCAAGCCGCUGUAUGAGCAGAUUUUAGAGGCUUGCAAGACUUUCUUCCACCCCUACCAGAAUAUCUCCAUAGACGAGCGUAUGGUGCCUACGAAAGCAAGGAUUGGCUUUAAGCAGUACAUUAAAAACAAGCCCACUAAAUGGGGCUUUAAGCUCUUUGUGCUGGCAGACUCCGCUUGUGGGUACACCUUAAACUUCUUUGUGUAUGCGGGAAAAGAGGGCAAACCAACGGGGAAGGGCGUGGGCUACGAUGCCGUCAUGAGGCUGCUCAACAUCCCCUUCCUGGGGACAGGAUACCGGCUCUAUGUGGACAAUUUCUACACCAGUCCCACUCUCUUCUCAGACCUCCUCAAGAGGAAGAUCUGGGCAUGUGGCACUAUUCGUUCCAACAUUGACGGGUAUCCCAGAACCACGAACAAUGAUAUGCCCAAGAAAGCCCCAAGAGGAACCAUCCAGUGGCUCAGGAAGGGGCAGCUGCUGUUCGUCAGGUGGUUGGACACCCGGCAGGUCACCAUGUGCUCCACGAUACACAAAGCCUACAGCAACGACAUGGCCGAGCGCAAGGUGAAGGCUGCCAACGGCCGGUGGACUGUUAAGCAGGUGCCCGUUCCAAGCUGCAUCAAAGAUUACAACCGUUACAUGGGCGGCGUGGACUUGUCGGACGCGCUCAUCGGCUACUACAACGUCAUCCACAAAACCCACAAGUGGUACAAGACUCUGUUUUACCAUUUUGUGGACAUUGCGACUGUGAACGCCUUCAUCCUCCACAAAGAAAUGUGCAAGCUUCAAAGUCGGCCGCCCAUUAAACAGAAAAACUUCAGGGAGCAGCUGAUUUUGUCCCUGGCAGCCAUUGGCUCGACCCCUAGUCGCGCACAUCCACAGAACUUCAUGCUGGCGAUCCCCCCACUCAAGGUCCCUGUGGCACCCCAGGCCCCGGUCCCCCCGUCCAACGGCCCCCCGGCCUCCUCUACGGAGGCGCCACCUCCUCCGUGCGAAAGGCCCGCUUUCGGCCACCUGCCCUCUUACUUUGUAGAGCAGAUGAGCAACGUGGCCCCUCGGAACCGCGCCACUGCUGGUAGGAGGGCGUGUGUGGUCUGCAAAAGAAAGUCCCCCAUUUAUUGUACCACGUGCCAAAAAACCCUGUGCUUCACCUCCUUAAGGAACUGCUACAGCAAAUGGCAUAGAAGCAACGGAAUCUGUGUGUAGGCGACUAGGUGUGUUUAUACUGCAGCUGUUUGAUCAACAGGGCUUAAAGGCAGCAGUAGGCCCUAUUCUUCAUUAACGUGUAUUUUUAACCAGCUCAGGUGAAGCUUUGUUUUGUUUUUGCCAGGUUGGUGUAGAUAAACCAGUGUUACCUCAUUAGCUCUUUACCUCAUGACUACACUUGAACUAAAAGCCUUUUCUAGAGUCUGUAUGUAUGUUUAAAGCUUGGGAUUAGGAAAUUAACUGCUAGAGAGAAGAGUUUGUCCUCUAGCCUUCACUCAUUUCAACAGCUGCCUGCUUUUAUUAAAACAUGAUUUACCUUCUAAAGUCUUACAGUAAACCGCUGUAGGACUCAGAACUUUGAGUUAAAGCAUUUUAGUCUGAACCUACUGUAAACUUGGCCUGUGUGGACACAUACAUGGGUCAUACACUGGACUCACUGGAACCAGUGGCUCUGUGCCACUACUGAAUGCUGCACACAUCUACCUACAGUGUCUGUACCUGGGAGAUGAAUACCUCAUGCCUGACCUCUUCCUGCUGUAGAGUGAUUGCAAGAUGUACUCUUCAUAAAUUACUGUGGAGAGAUCACAUUACCACUCAUGCUUACACAUGUAACCCUGGAAUAUCACUGAUAUUCCCUGUAGACAGCUUAAAAACUGAACUGGUUGUUAUCCAAAAGCUGAAACAAAGAGUAUCGCUGUAUUAUUAUUAUUAUUAUUAUUAUUAUUAUUAUUAUUAUUAUUAUUAUUAUUAUUAUUAUUAUUAUUAUUAUUAUUAUUAUUAUUAUUAUAGUUAUGGUUUUACAUACAGUAGAGAAAAAGGAAAAUCUGUGACCUGCUUCUCUCGUAUUCACAAAGCAGCUAAAUGGGUUGUAGAAAUGAGCCAAAAUCCAAUCUGGCACAUGUCUUUGGACACGCUGCCAGACAUUUUAUUUGAGCCCCUGUGAUGAGGUUCAUUAGGUUCAUUAAACGUCCAAAUUAUUUCAGUAUUUUAGAUGUACAUAUAUAUCUGCAUAUUUGCUUUAGUGAGAUGUAGAAGAAAAGUGAUUAGAAUAGUAAAAGAUACUGUAGAAAUGAUUCUGAUUCUGAAAUACUUCAGCGAUGCUAAAUACUUUGGGAACAUAUCCUGUUAUUAUUUGUUAACUUUGGAGAUGUUUCUGCCACAACAUCACGUCUCCGUCAAAGCCACCUAUCGACUGUUUUUUUCCCUCUUUAUCCUGUCAGUGUCUUUAGUAGCAUACUUAUAUUUUUGACAGUUUGACAGGCUGAAAGUAGUUGUGGAAGGUUGACCUACUGUUCUGCUGCUGCUGUGCAUAUGUUGUUUAUAUCUGUUCUCAGGUAAAGCUGUGAAACAGCUGCUGUCAGAGUCUCUAACUCGACCUCCUGCGAUAACUUGAUGUGAGUAAAUAAAGCUGUGUGAUGAUGA